CGGGUGGCGUCUGCGGAGCCAGGGAAGCCGAUCUCCAGAUAGGAAGGGAAGGCAGACGCUCCCUCCUGCCCAGCCGCUGCUUAGGGCAGUCCCUGGGGUGAGUCGGAGGCUCCCUCCGUCUGGGUGGUUCACUGGAUCCUGGCCAAGAAUUGCUGGCCUGGCCUGAAGGAGACGGGAAGAAGCUCUCUGGCCCAAACCUUCUCUCCCUGCUUGAGAGGAGGAGGAGGAGGAGGAAAAAAAUUGGAACUGCCACUAUUAACAUUAACAUAAGCCAUGUUUUGAAAGCCAGCAGACCAUUCAGAUACGCGAAAUAAAAUCCAGGAGCAGAAGAGCCUCUGGCACCCCACAGCCUUGGCACAAGUGGAUUCGGGCAUCUCAUACUAUUGUUCCAGAAGCUGCAACAACCUGAGCACAGCCCGCUCGGAAGCAUGGGCCUCUUAGUCCACCUGCUGGUCUGCCUGCUGGGCACCAGCUCCUGGGUGGCCAUCAAUGGCGUGUGGGUGGAGCUGCCACUGAUUGUGCCCCACGUGCCCGAGGGCUGGCUCCUGCCCACCUACAUGACCAUCAUCAUCCAGCUGGCCAACCUGGGGCCCCUGGCCUUCACCCUGGCGCACCGCUUCCUCCGGGGCCGGGCCAAUGAGGUGGGCGUCAUUUACGGGCUGCUGGCCCUGGGCUGCCUGGGCUGCCUGCUGCUGGCCUUCUUCUGGCAGGAGACGCGACCGCUGGGUGCCUCCCAGCAUAGCCUGGCGCUGCUGGUGCUGCUCUUCUUCCUGGCCCUGGUGGACUGCACCUCCUCCGUCACCUUCCUGCCCUACAUGCACCGUCUGCCACCUCGGCAUCUCACCAGCUACUUCGUAGGCGAGGGGCUGAGCGGCCUCCUCCCGGGGCUGGUGGCGCUGGGGCAGGGGGCCAGUGCGGCUCGCUGCGUCAACGCCAGCCUGGUGGAAAACGGCACCACGGAGCUGCGGGCCGAAUACCAGGAGGGCCGUUUCUCCGUCUCCACCUUCUUCCUCUUGCUGAGCUCCAUGAUGGCCUUGAGCCUGGCGGCCUUCCUCGUCCUCAACCACCUGCCGGGGUUGGCAAAGGGGUACCGUGUUCAGCAAGGGAGCCCGGAUGGCGCAGCAGCCACGGUGACGGCACAUUGCAUGCUCAGGACCAUCGACUCUGGCUGUGGCACAGUCUACUCCUGUGCCCAGAAGGCCUGCAUCUUUGGGCUGAUGGCCUGGGCCAACGCGCUGACCAAUGGCCUCCUCCCCCCGCUGCAGUCCUACUCCUGCCUGCCCUACGGCCGCCCCGCCUACCACCUGUCAGCCACCUUGGGCAGCCUGGCCAACCCACUGGCCUGUUUCCUCGGGAUAUGCCUGGUCAGCAGGUCUCUGAGGCUCCUGGCUUUCCUCUCCUUGGCUGGAUCCCUCCUGGCCUGUUAUAUCAUCAGCAUGGCGGCUCUCAGCCCCUGCUCACCCUUCCUGCAUUCGCCCCUCGGCAGUCUCCUCAUCGUCCUCUGUUGGGUCCUCUUCAUCGGCCUCUUCUCUUACGUCAAGCUGAUGAUUGGGAAGAUUCUGCGCGACGAGGGACGCAGCGCCUUGGUCUGGUGUGGGGCUGUGGUCCAGCUGGGCUCCAUGGUGGGGGCUCUAAUUAUAUUCCCUCUGGUCAGCAUCUAUGGCUACUUCCACUCGGGAGACCCCUGCAACUCCAGCUGCCCCAGCUAAUGGCACCCUGGAGGGGCCCACCACCAUUGGCCCUGCCACAAAAGCUGCCAAGAGGCCCCCUCCCCCCUCAGUCCUAGUUAGAAUAGAGCUGGAAGGGACCUUGGAGGUCUUCUAGUCCAACCCCUGCUCAAGCAGGAGCUCCGAUACCAUUUCAGACAAGUGGCUGUCCAGUCUCUAAUUGAAAAUCUCCAGUGAUGAAGCACCUACAACUUCUAGUGGCAAGCUGUUCCACUGGUUAAUUGUCCUUACUGUUAAGAAGUUUCUCCUUAAUUCCAGGUUGCUUCUCUCUUUUAUUCGUUUCCACCCAUUGCUGCCCUCAGGUGCUUUGGAAAUUAGAUUGACAACCCCCCCCCCAUUUCUUUGGGGCAGCCCCUGAGAUAUUGGAAGACUGCUAUCAUGUCACCCCUGGCCCUUCUUUUCUCUAGACUGGCCAGUGGCCACACCCAAAUCCUGCAACUGUUCUUCAUAGGUUUGUCUUUAAACAUCCUAGUUGCUCUUCUCGACACUUUUUCCAAAGUCUCCUUUUUUUUGUAAUGUGUCCAAAAUUGGACGGAGUAUUCCAGGUGGAUCCUUACCAAGGCUUUAUAAAGCGGUACUAAUA